CCGCCAGGGCCCCAGCAGCCAUGGCUGACCCGGGGAUGUUGAGCCUGUUCGGGGACGAUGCCAACCUAUUCUCGGACGGGCUGGAGGGCCUGGGAGACUGUGGCUUCCCCCAGGGCCAGCCCAACCCCAUGGGACAGCAGAUGCCCCAUGAGCACCAGGGCUACGGGUCGCUCUCCUCCAACUCCCUCCACCACCCCUCGCAGGCCGGCCCUGGACAGCCCAAGAUGGGCCACCCCUACGACCCCUUCACAGGCUACGAGCAGCAGCAGGGCCAGGGUCGGCUGUUGGGCAACGGCCCCGCCGUCAACGGAAUGGCGACCCCGCACUCACGCUACCACAACAACCCCCAACAACCCGAAGGGGGGCACCACGUCUACCCCAGAGCCCAAGGCGAUGGGCAAGGGCAGUCCUUCCCCGAUGGCGGAGCCGUGUGGGGCCCCCAGGCUGGCCCCGGGCAGGGCAGGCCUCCAUUCCAGCAGCAACAGGCAGCCGCCCAGGCCCCCUCCCACCAGCAGCACGGACUCUCUGGGCCCCAGGGCCAAGGCCACCAGAUGGGCCCCUACAUGGGCCGGGCCGACUACGCCACUAUGCAGGGCCACCCUGGCCAGACCCAGACGCCCACCAGGAUCAACCACUUCCCUCCGGGCAUGGGCCAGGAGCCCAACCACUACAUGGGCCACGUGGGGCUCCAGCAGAACCCCAGCAUGACAGGCCCCCCCAUGCGCCACCCGGCACAGCAACAGCAGCCCCCCCAGCAGUUCCUCCACCGUCCCGGCCAGGGCCCUGUUCACCCCCAGGACACCAUGGCCUCCCACACCUCUCGCCAGCAGCAGCAGGGCUUGGCCGGGAGGCCCCACCAGAACAUGGGGUUCAACAUGCACGGCCAGGCAGCCUCUCCUAGUGCUGUAACCAGCUCAGGGCCGUACCCCCCCUACCCCCAGUACGGCAACCUUAAUCAGGGAUUAGCCGUCAGUGCAGGGAUGACUCCCGGCAUGAGCCUCAGCAGCACCAGCAACAACAACAGUAACGCCAGCGGGCCCAUGGGGCCAGCCCAAGUCCAGCGGUACCCCAAUGCAGGGGGGGCCCCACAGCGCUACCCUGGCCCUCAGGUACACCAGCAGCCUGUCCACCCCAACCAAAUCACCGGACAGCCCAUGCACCCCUCUCAACCAUUGCACCCCUCUCAGGCCCAGGCCACCCCGCAACAGCAGCCCCACCUCCCCACACCACCUCAGGGAUCUUAUGGCUCUCCCCCCUCAAUGUCCCCCAUGAGGGGUAUGGGAACCCCCGCGGUCACACCUCCGCCUCAACAGGUCCGCCCCCCUAGUGCAGGCCUUGCUCCAGAGGUAGGGGGGUACCCCGGAGCUCCACUCCAGGCCCCUAACCCCAUGGCCCCCGCUCAGAGAAACCCCACUCCCCUAGGCGCUCAGCAACCGCAACACCAUCCCCAGCACCUCUCCCACCCACAGCAGCACCCCCACAUGCCCCCGAGCCAGCAGCUCUACCAGGGCAUGUCCCCCAACCAGAGAGGCCCACUAGACCAGGUGAGACCUCCAGGUCCUAUGGCCCACGGUGAGCCUCCAGGACCACAGGACCAGCGGCUGCUCCCUCCCCAGCAACAGGCUCCCAGACCUGGGCUGCAGCCUCUUCCCAUGGCCUUCCAGCAGCAGGUGCACCCAGUCCAUGCCGCUUUGCCCCCGUCACAGGCUCAGACACAUCUGGCCGGCCCCCAACACCAGAGCUCCCCGCCCAACCAGCCACCUUGGGCGCCGGCAGCACACCAGUCGCCUCCAACCCCCCAGAAAGUGCCUUACAUACAGGUGAGUUUGCUUUGAUGUUGAGGUCUGUGUGUGUGGUGUUUUUUGUGAGUUUGUUUUCAUGUGCGCAAGCGUAUUUGUGGGUGCGUGACAUUUAAAAACUCAGCGGUGCUCUGUUGAAUGGGGGUUUUGAGGUGUGUGUUUGUGGGAAAUAGCUUUUUACAGCUGUUUGUUUCCUCUCCACUGCAUAUCCUGGCCCUCCCCAAGACCCAGGCGCCACAGUGCUAAUCUCCUAACCCCUUCCCAUCCCCACCCCCUCUCCCCUCUAUCUGAAGGGGGAAUACUCCCUUCCUGCUCUCUAAGCAUCUCUCUCCUCUCCCGUCUGCUCUCUUUCCGCCCGCUCUGCUCUCACCCUUUAUUCUCUGCGCACUUCUCUCUCUCAUUUGUUUUCUCCCCUCUUCUCUCUCUCAUUUGUUUUCUCCCCUCUUCUCUCUCUCGUUGUCUCCCCCUCUUUUUUUCUAUUUCCCUCUAUUCCUGCUCUCUCUCCUCUUGUUUUCCCCUUUCUCUCUCAUUCUUGCACUUUCCUCCUCUCUCUCUUCUGCUCUGUGUGUUUGACUUGUCUGUCUCGGAGGACUCAUGCAUGAGUUAAUGGUGUACAGCAAGAUGUGCCCUGUCAGGAGGGAGAGAGAGAGAAAGGGGGCGGAGAAGGGAGGAUGGGGGCAGCCAGUAGGGAGUGGAGGUUAGCAUCUCUCAAUAACUCGCUCUGUGUGUGUGUCAGUCACGUGCCCUGGGUUCCAUUAGCUUGUUUUGUGCUCAAAGCCUCCUCCUCUGCUGACCCAUUCACAUACAAUGGCCGCCCUGUGGCAGCACACACAUCCAGCACUUAGCAUCUCUAUUAGUCGUCUUCCUCAUUCACACCAUCGUCACCACUCUCCAGUCCUCCUCUUCCCCUUACCAGAGUAGCCCCCUCCCCCCAUCUUCCCGAUACUGGGGCUCUGAUUAGGGAGUUUUGUGGUUGACAUUUAAGAUGUCGGAGUUAAUUUGCCCAGUGUGAAUGACCUAGAUGUUAGGCACACAGUUAAGUCACAUUGCAUCGCUUCGGUGCGCUUCGGUCCCAGGCUGCAUGAACGUACCCCCAUUAUCUGUUAGUCUGGCUGAGGGAAAUGCGCCGGAGGACAUCUUGAUGACCGUGAUGGUGUUAUGGCUCCUAUGGUGUAUCUGAUGCUGUCUCUGUCUGGUUCUUCAGCUCUCAACUCUUAUCAGUACUCUCUAAUAUGGUUAUAGGGUGGCACGCAGGGCUACGUAUUCCUAAAAUUCAGAGACCAGCUCCUUCAGCUCUAAGCCGUGUCUGUCCUGUAUGCUGUAAUAUAGUAAUGGGUGGCUAGUGCACACUGCACUGCGCUACGUACGUAUUCUUAAAACGUCAGUCGGCAGCUCAAGGUCGCUGCGCUGAUAGAGAGCUGGCUCCAUGACCUUUGGUGCUGCUUGCUAUACAGAACGCUCACAAUAAAGGGUGUGUGACACAUCUAAAUAUCACCAUUGGCCUGAGCAAAAACGAUUGCCGAUUAAACUGAUGAUAUCGGUCUCCGCCUAAUUUCUGCUGUCCCCCCUCCCACGCUUAGCAACAUUCAGAGCUGGCGGCGUCAACAUUUCCAACCAACCAACAUUCAGAGCUGGCGGCGUCAACAUUUCCAACCAACCAACAUGCUGCCAGUUGUUUCCGUCAGGCAAGGAGGCAUUAGAGCAAGUCUCUGGAGACUACUUUAAUUCAUAAUUUCCCUGUGAUCUGCCAAAGCAAUGAUGUGGGAAACAAUGGAUUACCAAUAUACAUUCAUAAUAUUCCAGGUAUCUGCCUACCUUGUGUCUAUGGAGUUGGAAAAUAUUGCUUUGCCCUUUGGCAGUGCCGGCUGGAUUUAUUUAGUUGUAAAAAUACUUGUUUUUUUUACGAGGGCCAGAAGCAGCACCUGUGUUGAAGGCUGGAAUUAUGGAUAGCAUACUUCAGUAGCAUUGCAUCCGUUUUGAUCCCAUCUUGAGUUGGCUCUGGACGAGCAUAACAAGCCCAUAGAUUUGAUCAGCGGAUGCUAGCUAACUAGGCAUGUUUGGCAGAAUUAAUGUUUACAAAUGUGUGCUUCUCCUAUGACUGAUGGAACUGGCACGUCUUUAUCACUUCACCUCCCGCUAGUCAAUUUGUUUCCAAGGGGAUAAACUGAAAGACGAGUUCAAGAGGAAAAGUGUCCUUGUAGACUCUGCCUUUUCAAAUUCUGCUGUUGUAGGAAUUCUGCACCUGGUUAGCGCAUAGCUUUCUAUUCAUUCUUGGCUAACUUAUAGUGCUUAUAGUUUGUCUUUGGUUGGUAUCUAAAGUCACAAAAGAAAGGUAAAGUUUUAAAGUCUGAGUGCCCUUAUUCCCCUGUUACCUUAGGGCUGUUGGGAAUAUCAACUUAUCGUCCAAUGACGGUAAGGCCCAUUUUUGGAUAUUCAGCCCUGUCCCUCAAGUGCUCCAACCCCAAAAUACUCCUAUAUAAGGUGGCCCCAACUCUGUCCAAAAACCACCGAAAUAUCAGGUGACGGUUGUCUUGGGCCUUUUACUCCCCUAGGCCACAGCCUUCCAUUUUGUUUUAAGAGUAAAGAAUUGCCAUCAUUGAACAACCCUCAUUGUAAAGAAAUCUCCUGAAUUGAAAUGGAACUGACACUAACCCUAAUUGGCACUGGGAUUUCUAACCCCAGCCUGGGAGUGAAACAGCGUCUGCUAGUUGCAAAAACGAGUCACCUUGAAAAUAAGAAUUCCUUAACCCCAGGAAUACUUGGCCACAAUACGAACCAGCCAAUUGUUCUCCAACACCAGAGACUAGGCCUAUACACUUGACUCAAUUAUUUUUGACGGCAUCAUUUAGGACCGGGAUGAUACCAGUAUUGUAAUACUCGUUAGUAUCGUGGCAUGGAAACAAAACACGAAGCGGAUUUAACUUAUUUAGGAAAACAGCCCUAAUGUUUAUUUUCCUAGCUAUAUCACACAAUAUUUUACAUACGGUAGGUUCUUAAAGGACCAAAGAGUUUGGUCUGCUUCGUGUUUUCUUUUUUGCCAUGGAAAAAAUAUUGCCAUACUGGUAUUGUCACAACACUAGCAUCAUUGUCCAUCAUAUGGCUCUUUCAAGGAAUACUGAAUGUAAAAAAUGGAUAACCAUAUUUGUAGCAUCUCGAUGGCUUCGUCAGGCCCUUUGCCUACCCUGAUAGUGUUGGGUAUGAAAGACCACAGCCACUCCGCAGCGGCGGCCCUCUGCUCUGCUCCUUUAGGGAGUAUUUAGCUUCUAGAGCGAGCACUUUGGCUGUCAGAUUAACCGGCACGUCACUCUUCCCCCUCCGAGAGGUGAAACCCAAUACCGUCCGUAUCGUAUUCGUCGCUGCUGUCACAUCAGUGAUGCAGUGAGUGCGUGCACCGGGCCCAUUGUCAUUCAUUUGAUUGAUUAUCGGGGAAGCUGGGCAAGAGGAGCACAUUUAUCCAUUAAAGCAGCAGCCCAAACCCUCCUCUCUUCUGCACACCUCUGUUUGUGGAUGGCCGUAAACACAUUCUCUGUGACCUUGGUGAUGUUUGGCAUGCACCAUGCAACCAAAUCUGUCUGCUCGCCUGUUUACAGGAAAUUUGCAUUCGACUGCCGCAGUUGAUGUGGUUUCUCAAGUUUUGUCUCUGAGCGAUCUGCAGGCCUCCGGGAUAAAACGAGUGCCCUACAAACAGGACGUCUUUCAUUCUUCUGAAUUUUCUUUCUUCCUCUGUUUCGCUCUGUCUUUAGUGGAAACACUUGAACUAGCUUAGACAAGGGGGUUGUUUUUCUAAGACUCCUUUGGAGAGAGCUGUGGCAUAUUGCAGUAAAUUUGCUGAUGUCCAUAAAUGUGCUCCCCCCUCCUUUUUUUUUGAAGUAUGGAUAUAAUUUAUUCGUGUCAUAUUCCCCCCCCCCCCCCCCCCCUCCCAUCUGCUGCUGGGACUGCAGGCAGCUGGAAGCCCCAAACAGCUGCCAACGUGUUUCCUAUCAGCCCAGCUCUGCUGGGGAUGGAGAGGAGAGGGCCAGCUCUGCUGGGGAUGGAGAGGAGAGGGCCAGCUCUGCUGGGGAUGGAGAGGGGAGGAGAGGGCCAGCUCUGCUGGGGAUGGAGAGGGGAGGAGAGGGCCAUCUCUGCUGGCGAUGGAGAGGGCCAUCUCUGCUGGCGAUGGAGAGGGCAGGAGAGGGCCAUCUCUGCUGGGGAUGGAGAGGGCAGGAGAGGGCCAUCUCUGCUGGGGAUGGAGAGGGCCAUCUCUGCUGGGGAUGGAGAGGGCCAUCUCUGCUGGGGAUGGAGAGGGCCAUCUCUGCUGUGGAUGGAGAGGAGAGGAGAGGGCCAUCUCUGCUGGGGAUAGAGAGGAGAGGAGAGGGCCAUCUUUACUGGAAAUGGAGAGGCAAGGGCCAGCUCUACUGGGGAUGGAGAGGAGAGCCAGCUCGGCCUCUACAGGAAUAGAGGCUAGACAAGAAUUACCAAGUCCCUCUUUAGGAAUUGAGGCUAGAGGAGUCCUAUCCCCUGACUCACUUUAGGAAUAGAAUUCAAAUUUGAACCAGCAAUCUGAAUAAAUUGCAUGCGUUGUCUCUAUAGGGCUAAGUUAGACAUUUGCUCUUUCUCUGUAGAGCUAUAGGUUUAGAUUUAGUAAAGUUAUCAUUGUCACCAUGCUGAACUUAAGAACAGUUUAAAGCUAGUAAUGGCCAUACAGGGAUAGAGGUAAGGACUAAGGCAGGCAGCGGUAGGUGUAAUGGUUGGGGAACUGCUGGACAACGGAGAAAUUUGACUUGUGGAAAUCUGAACAAAAACGGUUUAAACCUAAAGAGUUGUUGUUAUCUAAUGAACUGCCUCAGAGCGGUUGGUUGUUUUUGUUUCUCCUGCUGCCGAAAAUAUUUACAAAUGUAUUAUUCCUUCUCCUGGCAGUAUUCCCCGUCAGAUCCAUCAUCUGAGAUGACUGCUUCUGACAAGACACCCGCCUCGGGGGCAAACUUCCAGCCAGCCAACCGUGACAAGCAGCCCACCGAGCAGAAACCAAAAAAGAAGAAGAAGAAGAAAGCCAAGGUGAUUGAGGAGGAGGAAGUAGCAGAGGGGGAUAAGAAGCCCAAAAAGAAGAAGAAAGGUGGAAGUAUAGAGGAAGGUGACAAGGAGGAGAGGAAACAGAAGGUCGGGGGCAGUCCCUGGGUGGAGGUUGACCCUCUGACAGGCGCCCUGGAAGAAUCGCUGGUGGUGGAGAAGAAGACAAAGAAGAAACCAAAGGAGAAGGAGCCUAAAGAGCCCAUGACACCCAAGACUCCGAAAACACCCAAGACCCCCAAAGAGCCCAAGGAGAAGAAAGCCAAGAGCACUACCCCCAAGGCCAAGACGCCCAAGAAGCCCAGG